AGCUCUCAACUGACAGGGUCAAGGGGAAUUGCUGCUGUGGGUGAGUUGCGAAUGCCAUGGAGUUGCGAGUCGUUGGUUUGGAUGGUGGUGAGUUCCACUUCUGUGUCCCUGAAGAGACCUCCGGGCAGGAGCUACUGCAGCAGCUCCGGCAGAAGCUGCAAGUGAAGCCGUCCACGACCCUGGCACUCCUACAUGAGAACACUCGAAUAAGUUCCGGCAAAUCGAGUGCUUCAACGUUGAAAGAGAUACUGAAACCUAGAGAUCAUGCAGAUGCAGAAGCAACAGAGACCACGACAAGGAGAGACAUUGGCUCACAGAAGCACACUCUUUGUUUCGUCUACCAGCCGGUGAAUGUGUACGGAAAGCGCAAUCUCCAUCCAGAAGUCAAGUUGCCUGAGAGCUUGACCACAUUGUGCUUGGACGAUGACUUCAACCAAGCAUUAGACGAGAUGUAUCUCCCAAAGGGUCUGAAGAGCCUCUCGUUUGGAUUCGAGUUCAACAAGAGACUGGAUCGAAUUUCUCUUCCAAGCAGCUUGGAAUCUUUGGCCUUCGGAUAUUGCUUUAAUAAGCCUUUGGAGCACCUCAAACUUCCAGAUGGAUUGAAGAGCCUGACUCUUGGUUCAAACUUUCAACAAAGCCUCGAGUUCGUGGAACUUCCGAAUAUGCUGCAAGAACUGACCUUUGGAGAGUCUUUCAAUCAGAGCUUGAAGCAGAUAGAUGUGCCUUCUGGACUACGCUCCCUGAUUUGGCUCAGGUACAAUCAAUCUCUAGAGGCCGUGACAUUGCCAAGCCAUCUGAAAACCCUGACCUUUGGGCAUUUCUUCAACCAGAGUCUCGAGCGAGUAUGUCUACCAGCAGGCUUGGAAAGCUUGACCUUCGGCAAUACCUUCAAUCAGAGCUUGGACCUUGUGACUCUACCCAUUGGCCUACUAUCACUACGCUUGGGAGAUGGAUUUACGAAACCAAUGCACGGGGUGAGGCUUCCAACUGCUUUGCGGAGUCUCAUCUUUGGAUGUGCCUUUAAGCAAUGUUCACGAGAUUUUUCGCUGCCGAAUCUGCGCACUUUAGUCAUGCCAAAGAUUGGUGAUCGCUCAGACAUCGAAGGCCUUCCAGGUGAUUUGCAGAGUUUGACACUCUCCCACUUGGUGAAUCACGGUUUGCAAUGCAUGCGAAUUCCAAGUGGCUUGCGGAGCUUGCACUUUGGAUUUGACUUCCAUGAGAGCCUUCGGUCUGUUCAGCUCCACUUCUCCCUGGAGAGUUUGACCUUGGGAGGUUGUUUCAAUGAAAGCCUGGACAACCUCUACCUCCCAGCCACUCUACGAAGCCUUGUCUUGGGCGAUCGCUUCAACCAAUCCAUGGAAUUCACCCGCCUGCCGGAGACGUUAGAAAGCCUCAGAUUUGGCGAGAGCUUCAACCAGAGCCUUGAGGACAUGAUUCUGCCGGGCAACUUGCAAGACUUGGCACUUGGCACAUGCUUCAAUCAGAGCUUGGAUCAUGUGAAGUGGCCAAGCACUUUGCAAAAAUUGACCUUCGGAUAUCAAUUCAACCGGAGCUUGGAGCAUGUAAAGUGGCCGUCGAAUCUGCGAAGUCUGGCCUUUGGGCAUCAAUUUGACCAGAGCUUGGAGCGUGUAACUUGGCCCACCAAUUUGCAGAGCCUUACCUUUCCCAAAAGCUUCGAGCAGAAUUUGGAGAAUGUGGCCUUUCCCCUGGGCUUGCAGCACCUGACUUUGGGACGUUGCAAGAACUUGGAGCCUUUGCAGUACCAGAGCUCUUUGAGGAGUCUGUCUGCUGACAACGUGCCUAGCCGAGCUCUGACAGCGAAAGUGAUGGUGUCACCCAUGGGAGUUGCAUGAUGUUGCAUGCUGAAUAAAUGAUCAACUGGGCAAUUUCAUGGUUUCUACCAGCCAAGAUCGUAAAGGGAGGACGAGUUCCGGUAUUUAGUUCAGUCUGCCAGGAAUUCGUCUUUGAUGCCCAGAUGUGACGCUAGUGGUGUCCCGUGUGCCUCCGGUCUGCGUGUGCCUUUCCCGUACUGUUUUGUAAAGAAACUAAACACCGUGCCACUGGCGCUGAGGUGACUGUGGCUGUUUGAGAGACAUGGGAAGACUGAAGGGCUGGUUGUGCAGUGUGGCAGACACAAGUCUUGCUUUGGAAUGCUUUGGAAAGAAUCGGUUUGGACAUGUCUUUCAUUCAACCAAGCAAGAUGGAGCGAAUCGGGUUGCCCGUUUGCAUCCAUCACGCGAGAUUCUCCUAAAACGAAUUGCUGGUCGCCACAGACAGAGAUUAGAGCGAGUCUGCACAGCUUCAAAAGAAAAGCUCGAAGGCUUGUGCCUGGGGAAGAGGCGCCUUUAGUUCGCAUGUUUGUUCG